UGGCGGGAGAGGAGGGGAAAACAGCGAAGGUUGUGUCACAGGAGUUUAUGAAAUAUCGCUCUCCUCUUGUCUCGCGAUAUGCUAGUCCAGAGAUGGCCUUUAACUUUAGUGAAAUGAACAAAUUCACAACAUGGCGCCGGCUAUGGACCUACCUUGCAAAGUCAGAAAAGGAUCUAGGGUUGGAUAUCACAGAAGAACAAAUAAAAGAAAUGGAGAAUAACGUAACAAACAUUGACUUUGAGCUGGCGGCCACGGAAGAGAAGAAAUUCCGACAUGACGUCAUGGCCCACGUACACACAUUCGGAGCUUGCUGUCCUAAGGCUGCGUCCAUUAUACAUCUAGGAGCAACGUCAGCUUAUGUAGGAGAUAACACUGAUUUGAUUGUUAUGAGAGAUGGAUUUGAUAUCCUACUUCCAAAGCUUGCUGGUGUGAUAAAGAGAUUAGCAGAUUUUGCCAAUAAGCAAAAGAAUCUGCCUUGUUUGUCUUACACACAUUUACAACCAGCUCAACUUUCUACUGUUGGUAAGAGGGCCUGCCUCUGGAUACAAGACCUGCUGAUGGACCUCGGAAAUUUGGAGAAUGCCCGUGAUAACAUCAGGUUCCGGGGAGUUAAGGGCACAACAGGAACACAGGCCAGCUUUCUCACAUUGUUUGAAGGAGAUGAAGAGAAGGUUGAAAAGCUGGACAAGUUGGUCACAGAGAUGGCAGGAUUUAAACAGACGUAUAUGGUGUGCGGACAGACGUACUCCCGUAAAGUGGACAUCGAUAGUCUCAAUGUACUGGCCAGUCUAGGGGCCUCUAUACACAAGAUUUGUACAGACAUCAGACUCUUGGCUAACUUCAAGGAGUUAGAGGAACCAUUUGAAAAAGAUCAAAUUGGCUCUAGUGCCAUGCCAUACAAGCGUAAUCCAAUGAGAAGUGAGCGUUGUUGUGCUUUAGCGCGUCACCUAAUCUGUCUUGUACAGGACCCUCUGAUGACGGCAUCCGUGCAGUGGAUGGAACGGACACUGGACGAUAGUGCCAACAGACGGAUCAGUUUGCCAGAGGCAUUUUUGACAGCGGACAUAAUUCUUAGCACGCUACAGAAUAUUGCAGAGGGGAUAGUAGUGUAUCCAAAGGUCAUUGAAAGAAGAGUCAAUCAGGAGUUACCUUUCAUGGCUACAGAGAACAUCAUCAUGGCAAUGGUCAAAGCAGGAGGAAACAGACAGGAAUGUCAUGAACAGAUCCGUGUUUUGUCUCAGGAGGCGGGGCGUGUUGUAAAACAAGAAGGUGGUGACAAUGACCUCAUGGAACGCAUCAGGAAAUCCGACUAUUUUAAGCCAAUCCAUGGAGAACUGGAUUCUCUUCUGGAUCCGAAAACCUUCACAGGACGAGCUCCAACUCAGGUAACUAAAUUCAUAGAGAUGGAGGUAGACCCAAGCUUGAAGAAAUACACAGAGAAACUUAAGGCAGGUGGAAAAGUGGAACUCAAUGUCUGAUUUGUUACUGUUAAAUAAAGUGGACACUGAAGAGUGCUAUCAAGGGGAACCACUCCAGCUCAAA